UGUAGCUCUGACGGACCGGACCGGCUCGGCCUGGUCAGGCCCGGCACAGCUCAGAGCCGAUCAGAGCUUCGGACAGAGACGGAGACACCGGGCGGGCUGGGGGAUGCACAGGCGCUUUUGUGCCCAGUCUGUCGUGUGUUUUGGUUUUGGAUUUACAGUGGCUUGUCCCCCAGCAAGCAGAGCUGGUGAAGCGGGUGGACCGGAGUUUUGAGCCGGCGGAGGAAGAGAGACCCAGACCCUGCCCGUCAACAGCUUCACCGCGAAGAGAGAGAUGAACCCACCACCACAGCUGUCACGCAGGAUAAAAAAGAGGUAAUCUACAUGGAGGUAAGAAAAGAACUGGCUGAAGAUCAAAAAGAAAUAUGAGAAAACAAGAGGAGUGGAAGAAGACAUGGAGCAAAAUAAAUGGGAAAGUGAAAGGAAAGUUAAGGAGGUAUAUUGUUCAUUGAAGGAGAAUUAACAUCCAAUGGAACUAAAAGAAAGUCACAGACUCGAAGAACUACAUAUGAAAGUAGCUAAAAGCUGAGGAGAAAAAGGUGGCUGAUUAGCUGAAGGACAGAAGAGACAUCUGGAUGAGCUUUCUGGGUGCAGGCAGCAGAUCCUCUGCCCUACGAAGAUGGCCUCUAACUUCAGUGACAUCGUCAAGCAGGGCUAUGUACGAAUGCGGAGUCGGAAGCUUGGGAUCUAUCGACGAUGCUGGCUUGUGUUUAAGAAGUCAUCGAGCAAAGGACCUCGUCGUCUUGAAAAAUACCCUGAUGAAAAGGCUGCUUACAUCAGAGCUUGUCCCAAAGUGACAGAAAUUAGUAAUGUCAAGAACAUCACCCGGUUACCACGAGAUACCAAGCGACAGGCAGUAGCCAUUGUGUUUACAGAUGACUCCUCACGCACCUUCACCUGUGAAUCAGUGCUGUGUGUCUUAGAGCUGGAGGCAGAGGACUGGCUCAAGAUGCUGUCUAUCGAGUGUCUUGGUAUUCGACUGAAUGACAUCAGUAUGGGAGAACCUGACCUGCUGGCUGCUGGAGUACAGUGUGAACACACAGAGCGCUUCAAUGUUUUCCUCCUUCCCUGUCCAAACCUGGAUAUCUACGGGGAGUGCAUGAUGCAGAUAACCCAUGAGAACAUAUACCUGUGGGACAUCCACAACCCUCGCACCAAGCUGACUACCUGGCCCCUCUGCUCUCUUCGGCGCUAUGGACGUGAUGCCACUCGCUUCACUUUUGAAGCUGGACGGAUGUGUGAUAGUGGUGAAGGCCUCUACACCUUCCAGACCAAAGAGGGGGAGCAGAUUUACCAGAGAGUCCACUCCUCUACUCUGGCCAUCGCUGAGCAGCACAAAAAGGUUCUGCUGGAGUUAGAGAAAAACAGAAGGAUGUUGUCUAAGGACUCAGAGGUUGGCUCCUACCCAUGUACACCAACUGCCAUCCUACCCCGGUCUGCAUAUUGGCAACACAUCACUGGAAACCAGACUGACAUGGAUCCUGGAAGUGCUGAUGGUGUUGAAGAGGAACUGCUGUCCAGCCAUCUGCCAGCUAAGGGCCACACCACGUUGCCCCUAAAUACACAAGCACAGUCCCUGGCGCAUAUUCAUACACUGGUGCCAUCACACUUUCCUACAUUACCAGGACAGUGACACACACGUGCAUAUUUAUACAUGCACACAUAGAGGAGGACUUGGAUAUGUGCAAGUAUAUUGAGACGUACAGUGAGGACACUUAUCUUUCCUGUUUCAAAUGCUGCAGUUUGAUACUGUUGCAUUAUUCUGUAAAUGACGUGACCAACUGCAGAUGGACUCAAAUUGGCUUCUUUCCAUGACUAUAAUUCAACAGUCAGCUAAUGUAGACAUUCAGCUCUGCCUGGGGUUUUGUAACAGUUUCUAUGACUUCCUGUGAAAUAUGGUAAUGUUCUGUAACCACCAAUUUUGUUUUAAAGACUCUAUCAAAAUUGUAACAAUUUUAGACACUCAUCUUUUCUCUGGGCUAUACUCAAGGUCUCUUGAAAAACAAACCAAGUGAGUAGUAGUGUAACAGAAUUUGUACACUACAACAAUGUAAAGUUAAACAAAAAAGCCUUUUGUUUUCUUUCUUUAGUUAUUUCAGUAUCUGUAACUUUGGGAAGCUGGAGCUCAGUUGUAAAAGUAGUAAGCUUGCAGUUAGAACAGUUUGGGUUUCAUUCUAGCUUCCUCCCCAGGCCACCGGUCAGUGUGUCUUUGAGCCAGGCACUUAAUCCCAAAUUGCUAACGAUCUAUAUAUGAGUGUGUACAUGUUUGAAAGGGCAACUGAGUGAAUCUUGUUGUAAUCUAACAAUGCUUUGAAUUGUCAGUAAAUCUAGAGAAGUACUGAGAAAUUUCAAGUCAGUUAUUUAAGCUGUCUCUGGAACUGCUUUUUAUUCCUUUUAAAGCUGACUUACAAGUUUGGCUGCAAAAUAUAUCAAAUCUAACAGGUUCUUGUUUAAACUGUGCAAAUAAUUUUUCAACAAUUGGCUCAGUUUGCACAUUAGUGUACUCGGGGUCUCAAUGAGAGAACAACUUUUCCUUAAAGAAGAUAAAUCUGGGAUAUGUGGACAUUUGUAAGACAUGUCCCAGAUAGAAUUCAUAAACCAUAUUUAGGCUUUUAUGGCAAAAUAAAAGCCUAAAUAGCUGCAGACUAUAGCUGCAUGCCUUGAUCUAGAAGUUAAUUAUUUUUAUGGAAGUAUAAUGAUAUUCUAACUUUCGCUCCUUUUUCAUAGUUUGUAAUGUGUGUAUAUGUUAGAGCUGUCUUGGAUCAGACGGAUUAAUGUUCAAAAUGGGUUUCAUGGAAUUUUCUUAAGCCUGUUUUGUUAGAUGGAAUAAUACAGUGACCAAGGCUGCAAGGUGCCUUACUAGCACCAAAUAGAUUGUGCUACUCCUGGGAAGGUAAGACUAGUUUUCUAAUUUGGAAGAUCCCUAGUUUUUCUACUUCUGGACUGAUACCUUUGACUUUGCCCAAAAUAAUGUGACCUUUCAGAUGAAACAUCUGUUUGCUGACACUUAAAGCAGGUUUUGAAGUAGGGGAUGAUGCUGUCACUAGAAUAUUUUUAUAUAUGUGCACAAAUUGUAAAUAGUCUUUGUAAGAGCUGCAGAUGUGUCUUGUGCUGAAUUUAUACAACGCUGUCAUUAUUCCAAGUCUGAUCUGCUUUGCAAAUUUAUGAUAAUAAUCACUUGUGAGCACACUUUGUAGAACAAACAUUGUUCUGGUGACUGAAAAGCCACAAUCUUAAUAUGUAAGAUGUUGGCUUACAUAUUAAGAUUUGUAAGCCAACAUCAAGUAAAAGCUUAAGGUAAAUAGGUCCGUUAUGAAAUCAUCUACUUAUAGCAACAUAAAGCAUGAAGAAUUUUGAAUGCAUUUAUUUUUAUGUGGAGAUAUUGAAAAGGCCAGCAGUUAAUGAAAGGUUGACUUUACCAACAUGUUCAACACCAACAAACUCCAAGUAGAUAUCCAAGAUUGUUGGUUUAUUCAGUCUUAACUAUUGGCUGACAGUUCAAAAUGAUAAAAAUUUACCUGCUCAGAAUCCAUGAAACUUCAGGCUCAUAUGAACGAAGACUGGACUGUUUAAAGAUUCUAAACAAAAUCCUGAAAUAGUCACACAAAGCAGUUCUACAUUAUGCAUGAGAUGUCUGCAUUUUCUUUGUUUUUCUUGACUGUUAUUCUUAUCUACAGGUGAACACAGAAAAAAUGACCUGCUGCAGACAUGCAGGAUUGUAAAAGGGAAUAUGCCUGUUUACUGUCAGGAAAAAAUCCUUCUCCUUUACACAUGAACUCAACACUUAUUGAAAUUGGGAUGUUGUAUGUUAGUCACUUUUCUGUUGAGAGCACUGCCAAGACAUGCAGUGGGUCUGCUUUAGGCUAAUACAGGGCAUAACUAUUCUGUUGUGUUUUGCCACUGAUUGUUGAAAGGACAUUUAAGAUUUUAGGAACAAACUGACUAUCUACACAGGAUUCAGCUGGAAUAAUACUGAAAUUCCUGUCUAACUUCCACUCCAUGGCAUAAACAUAAGAGGGCUAAGCAUUUUUCUGUUUGUUUACACAAUGUUGGUCGUGAAUUGUCUGUAUUUUGUGUAUUUACAGUCUAUUAUAUAUGAUGCCUUCUUUAUGUAGCCUUUUACACGAGUCUAUUUAUUUAGUCUAUAAUGUUUAUUUUUCAUGUUUGAAAAUGACAGUGUUUUGCGAGAAAGAGUGUGAAACAAUAUUUCAACAUAUGUUUAUGAAAAUGCAGACAGAACCUGGCUUGCACCUUGUACAAGCAGAUGGUAUUCUGUCCACACUUUGCCAGCAUGAAUCUGCACCUGUUUGGACAAUAAGAACACAUUCACCAGAGUGUCUUGUGCCUGCACUUUCCUAUGUGCUUUGUGGCAGUAGAUUAAUCACUGCCACACGACGUGUUUGCUUGCUUUCCUGGAGAAAAUAACUGUAGCCUUUCUACAGUGUUUCAUAAACCUAGAAACAAAUGUUUACUGACCUUGUUAGACUGAAAUUGAUGUAAAUUGUUUUGUAAGACCAAUACACGGUUUAGAAAAGUCCAGCCUGGCUAUGACUGAAACGCUUGGACAAACAAGGACUGCCCUGCACCAUGUAACACCAUGCGGUUCAAAAAACAUUGAAUUCUGUCAGUGAAGAAAUGGGAAUACUUUGACAAAGAAAUAUAGACCUUCAGUCUGCCUUGUUUCACUACUUAUCAAAGUCAGUCGCUGUAUCAAACUACAGGACUAAUUAAGAACCUAUGUGUGUUUCAGCUAACUGCUAAUAUCCUUAUUAUAUUAAGUACUGGUUGCCAAUAACCAAAAACAGAGCCACAGUAUUAGUGUCACAAUAGCUAUCUUACAUUAUGAAACAGAAACACAAUCAAGAGUACCACAAAAUUUCAGGUAUUUGAUUAUUAACCAAAUUAGGAGUCACAAUUUUGACAAAAAAAAAACAAUGCUUUGAAAUUUUAUAACAAAAUAUUUCCAGAAAUUUCUCCUCCUGUUCCCUCCCCAAAAUAACAAUGGAUAACUGUCCAUUGUUGGAAAAAUGGACUGCUAUCCAUUUUCAAUGAAGAAUGUCAUUGACAAGACUUUGUUUCUGUAAAUACAUAAAAACUGUGAUUAUUGCUAAAAUUAUUAGGAAACAGUCAUUAGCCUGAGUCAAACUGAUGGAUAGUGAUAGAAGACAUAUGUUGAUGCUAAUGCCGCUUAGUAAAACAGUCUUUGGGCCACUGAAGUUGCAUUUACCUGCUGAUGAUGAUUUAAAGAGGUAAUUGAACAAAUAUGCUGAAAAACAGAACAGAAAGAGACUGCAGUGCCAGUUUUCCUUCAGGCUAAAAGCAAAGCUAUAGCAUGUGUUAGUCUGUUUUGACAUUAUUACCUCUCACUCUUGACUGUGCCCUCCCUGCAGACUGAUGAAAAUUAGCUGUAACCCAAUGACACUGUUUAUACUAGAUGCACGUUUUGGUGAAAAAUAAAGUCUUACCUGCUUACUCAGUGGUGGAAGCUUUCUGUCAGUGAGCUGUGCCACUGCCACUUGCCACUAAUUCUUUUUGCAGGAUAUAAAGUGUCAUACCACGGAGUACAUUUGUGAGCAAACAGCCUUUAAAAACCACCUUGUUACUCUCUUGGAACUCCUUCAAACUUUUACUGAAAAUACUGUCACAUGAAAUAACUAACAAUGUAGCAACACUAAAUAUUGUGUUGCUGUGAUAAUAUAGUGAGUUGAGAAAAAGUAAAAAAAAAAAAAAAGUAAAACAUAACCUAAAUAAAUACACCCUCUAUUUUUGAAUUGGCCUUAAUUUCUGUCUUCUUACAUAUAUAUAUGUGGGUGUGGCUAAGAAUAGAUGAAAGACCCAAACACAGUCAACUAUGAAAAACAUUGGAUUUAAUUUCCUGACUGUCCUCAAAUGGAACAGCAUUGAUUUUAGUUUGAUUUGGCAUAAACAAAAUAAAGAAACUUGUGAAAUGUGUUAUUAAAACAAUUAAUUCAAACAGCUUUUAAAAAAAAAAGAAAAAAAGAAAAAAAAUACAAUUCACCUAAAUUGAGAACUACAAAUAAAACUUUGACACCAGAAAAGACGACAGCAGUGGGCUUGCCAAAUGGAGGGUUGAGGGAGGGCAGGAGAAGAGGGAGUUGGGAAGAGGUGGGGUAUGCUGCAACAAAAGCAUACUUUGAUUCAAAAUUGAUAAGCAGUUUUUCCCAACCUUGGUUCUUAAGUCAAACUAACCUGCAUGUUUUCAGUUCAGCAAAACCCUGUUAAUCAGCCAUCAACUAAAAUCAUGUGUGCCUAAUAAUGAAAAUGCCUAAAACUUACAGAGCAGUGGGCCCUGAGGACCAGCGUUAAUGAACACUGGAUUUGGCGUUGGCAUUUCAACUAUUAAAAUUCAACCACAAAGCAACAAUGAUUCAAUGACAUAUUUUAAACAUUAGUUAGUUGGCUAGAAUUGGAUAAUUGUUUGAUGGUUUAUCCACCAUCAGUCAUCAACUUUAACUAUAAAUUCAUCUUUUGUGAUCAUAAUUCAACAUUGAAUUAACAUCUUUUGCAAACAAGACAACAGCAAAGUGGCUGUGUGUUUGGGACAUCCCACUCAUGUCAAUAGUGGGGGUGGACCGCUUCACUCCUUGUAGUGAGUUGUAGAUACAGUAUAUCAUCAGGUCAGAAAUACAAAUAUAAGUGUGUGAUGCCUUCAGUCAAGCAUGGUGGUGGGAAUCCCAUGGUCUGGGGCUGCAUGAGUGCAGCAGGUGUUGGGGAAUUACAUAUCAUGAACUCCAAACUGUACCGUGAAAUACUGAAGCAGAGCCUGAUCCUGUGCCUCAGGAAGCUGGUUCACAGGGUAGCAUUCCAGCAUGAUAAUGACCCCAAACACACCUCUAAGAUGACCACUGUUUUACUGAAGAGGUUGAUGUCUCCAGGCCUAAAGCUACUACUGACAGCCCUAGUGAAAGAAAAAUAAAUACUUUUUGAUGUUUUAAAGAUAUUUAAAAGAUAUCUUUGAGUAUAUAUUUUAAAAUAUAUGACCAAAAUAAAAUUUUUAAAAAUUCACUUAAAAUUCACUUAACGCUUACUUUAAAUUAUUAAUUUCAGUAUGUCUUAAAUCACAUCUCAGUGUAUACUUUAGGCCAAUAAAGUAUGCCAUUUUAGGUGCCUUAAUAAUCUUUUGCAAUUUUUGUUCAAAUGUCAAAUAAAAAAAUAACUGUCCUUAUAGUGGAACUUGAUGUAAUGUUGUUUAACAUAGUAAAUAAUGUAUUCAUACCUCAAAAUAUCAAACAUUGACAGUUUAGUGACAGCAGUUCUACAACAAAAACAAUAGUUUUUUUUAACUAAAACAUGGAAGCUGUCUGUACUCAAUCCAUUUUCAGAUGUAUGAUCUAAAAUCUGGGGCUGUGCAGUUGGUAGAGCUGUUGCCUUGCAGCAAGAAGAUCCUAGGUUCAAUUCCCAACCUGGGAUCUUUCUGCAUGGAGUUUGCAUGUUCUCCCUGGGAAGAUUGGGUUCUCUCCAGGCACUCUGGCUUCCUCUCACAGUUCAGAAACAUACCUGUUAUAAACUUACCGUGGUUUUAAUUAAGCUCAGCAUGCCAAAGAGACUUUGAUAUUGUGAGGCUGUUGUUAUAACUCGUUCAUCAUUGAUUUUAUCUUCAUUUUUUUGCAGUCUAAGCAAAUGAAGAUAAAAGGGGAAGCCAGGGAUCAGGAAUUAGAAAACCUAAAUACUUUCCUGUCUCAGAAGAGGCUCUGGCUCCACCAGAUCACCAACCAGUUCUGAGGAUGAAGCUCCACUUCCUCUUCAUGGUGGAAGGCUUUUUUUUUUUUUUUUUACUGAGCAACUGGCCGCAUUUUUAACAGCAAAAACUGCCUUCAGGGCCAGGUGAUGAACUGGCGACCUGUACAGGGUGAACCCCGCCUCUCAUCUAAUGACUGCUGUAGAUGGGCACCACCAGCCUCCCUCACCACCCUGCAAGGAUCAACGUGUUCAGAUAAUGGAUGGAAAACUUUUAAGGUAGAUUGUCUCCCUUAAGUCCACACUUAAAACAACUUCAUAGUUAAUGCCAACAUACACUGAUUCUAUGAUAUUACUGACUAUUUUUUUCUACUUCUAACAUAAACAGGUAAACAGGUUCCUCCUUCAGCAUGUGGCAGCUGAAGGAGGAACAGCUUAUCCUGCUCUCUCUUGUCCUUACUGAUAACUUUGCCUGAGUUAUUUUUAAAGUGACAGUUUUUAUAGUUAUAUGUUACUUUUUUGACAUCAUAACUGGAUUACUUCUAACCUAAAGGACCGAGGGAUUUUCUUACUUUUAUUUUUUACCUUACUUUUCUUCAUCUCCAAGUUGAACCAGGACAAAAUGCCUCCGGCCGACCCCAGAGACCUCAGCAGUAUUAUACAACGACUUCAGUCUAUAGAAAUGAAGAUCAAACUGCUGGAGGUGAACUUUGAAAUCAACGCUAACUGUGGAAACGAGACAACUCUUCCUCAAAACGACGGAGAGGUCGUACGCCUCGCAUCAAGCAGCCCACCCUGGAAUGCUCUGGGUGCCAAGCCGAAGCAAAAGUCUCACACUGCGGAUCCGAUGAGACGACUGUCAGGGAGAACCCCUCACCUGGACAAAUCGGCGUGGCCGGCUCUGAGCCGAAACCCACCCUCAACUUCAACACCUGCUCCACCGAAGAAACACAAACAAGCAGCUGCAACCAAAACAGCUCCACCGACUCCGCUCCCAAGGACAGAGCGACCAGCCCAAACCUCAAAACAUUCUGACUCUGUGGGAAUCCCACUGAAAAACAGAUUUUCUGCACUCCAGCCUGAGCCUCUGAGUGAAACCUCACCAUCAAACAUCAACAAUGAGGCAAGACCAACACAUCCACCCCCCAAAGCCCUAAAGGACAAAGUGACCACCAGGAAAACAAAAGGUAUGCCGAAAGUGCUUAUUGUUGGAGAUGAAGCAUUAAAUGGAAUCAGUCACGUCUGCAAUCCCAAGAAAACCAGAGUGAUUUCUUUUCCUGGUGACACUGUGUCUGAUUUAACUCGCAAAGUUCUCUCUCUAACCGCUGAUCAGCCAGAUAUUGAGUGUUUAGUUGUGCAUGUUGGAGCCAACGAUCUGGCAAAGCAGAAAUCUGAGAUUCUGAAAAAGGACUUUAAUAUUCUUUUGAACACUAUGGGAAAAUUAAAAAUGAAGUUAUUUCUCAGUGGUCCAAUUCCAUCACCUCAAUGGGGAGACGAAAAACACUCCAGGCUGGGCAUGAUAAACAAAUGGCUGAUUAAAACCUGCUCUACCAGCUCAGUGACCUUCAUCGAUAACCUCUGGAUCUAUUGGCAGCGCUUUCACCUUUUUGGAAGAGGCGGACGCAAUCUUAAUAAACAUGGGAUAAAGCUACUCACUGCAAACCUUUUUUAUUUUAACAACAAGGACAGCAACGUCAUCAUCACUUCAGAAGAACAGGCUCGAGGACGUCUGAUUAGGAUGGAACCCUCCACGUAUCAGGAGCCAAAACAAGCUGAUACAACAUUGACUGGAGACGGAGCGACUGGUUCCCUUCCUCCUCCGCCCCCUCCUGGCUCAUCCACUCAUUCACAGUAUUCACAGGAUUCACAAGACACCUUUGGAGAAAUGUCUUCUGGACCAGAGUUUCUCAAUUUUACAGAUGGAAUGAAUCAACAGGUUCUACUUGGGACGUCUCUCCUUAGCACUCAUGCUACAGACCUCACUACAUUUAAGCCACCUGCCUCUGAUUUCCCAGAGGAUCCAUCACUCUGCAUUUCUGAGGUCUGAGGCCGGGGUCCAGAUAUUAUUUUUACACCCGUCUUCCCCCAGAAUGUGUCUGGCCCCCCGGCACUGCAAAAUAGGACAUUACCUGUCCGGAUCACUACAAGAAAAGCUACAAAAAACAGAAACAUAAAAUACAGUGGACCUAAUUCAAACCUCAGACGGUUCCCCUGCCUAAAGGAACCUCAGACUCAAGAACGCUUGGCCUCCAAGUCACUAAAACUAGCUCUUUUAAAUACCAGAUCUCUCUGUGCUAAAGCUCUAUUAAUCAAUGAUUUCAUCACUGAACAUAAUAUCGAUGUUAUGUUACUGACAGAAACAUGGUUGAAUGACAAUAAUGAACCGAUCGUACUAAUUGAAUCUGCGCCUCCUAACUACAAUUUCUUAAGUGAGAAUAGAAAGCAUA